CCCCGUUCAGGACCGUGUGGAACAUCUCCAGGCUUCGGCUCGCUGAUUAGAUUUGAGAAGCCGUGGCCCUUUUAGCACGUUCGUUUCCUGCCUAUUGAUCGUGUCUAGACCUGCACGAAUAUCAUCUGGAAUUCUGGCUCGACAACACACAAAACGUCUUUGCAAAGGGGAGGACUUGGAGAGAAUACCUUUAAUGCAUCAAUUACUGCACCACUAUCUCCUCGACUGUAACUUAAAUCAGGACUCUUAUGCUGUACUUUAGACGCCAUAAUAACUCUAAAUAUGGGGAGUAACCGAAGACGUACUUCAAGGUCGGGAAUAGAAUUAUUUCCCUGGGCUUAAAGUGCUUUUUUUAUCUAGCUAUUAUGAAUUGUCCAUACACGUUAAACCCGUUACCUUGCCUUUUUAACCAGUAAAUUUAAACCAAAAUAUGUUGUAUCGUACUUUAUUCACUAUUGCGAUUGCUUGCUAAUCCUGUCAUUAUUGUGAUAAGUACUUUCAUUGAUUUGGUAAGAUAUAACGUUAGCAAUAAUUCAACUGCUUCUUCGUAAAUUAGCUAUCGUUAGCUAAUAUGUAGCUAGCCUAUGUCUAACUGCCGGUUUAAUAAAAUGCACAACUCUAGCUAGCUAACUAGUCUAAAUUACUAACACUAACGUUAAUCUAAGUGACGGACUUUACCUCUGGCUCGAAAUGAAUUGCACAGAGAGCACAGCUACAAUCAUCAUGCACUUGUCACACAUGAUCUUCCGCAAUCUUGGGAUUUUAAAAAUGUUUCGGUCGUUAAGUGGUCCUGUUUUUCGUACUUUGUUAUCGCGCAAAGUCUGUAAGUCGGCUGAGUUACAGAGAAAACGUUGCUGUUCGGUGACAUUUCGAAUGAAAACAAUGGUGCUGGGCAUUCUAGGCACGCGCUGUGGCAUAAAAGAGUUGUUGUAGAAAUCCCCACUUUUAAUAGCCUACUUAUUUUGAAAAUACUAUUAUAUAUAGAAUUGGAGGUAUGUUUCCGUAAACUUUGCUUAAUGAAAACUCAGAUCAGUUAUAUCAUUCAACCACGAAUUGUCCAUUCAUUCUGUAAAUUUUAAUUCCAGAGUCUCGGUGAUAGGCUAGUUGGCUACUCUACUGCUAACGAUACACAUGUUCUUUAUUAUGACAGUGUAGUAGCUAUCUACUUGCUAACUUUAAAUACAAAACUGCUCUCUACUUUUGUGUAUCUUUCAGUCUAUUGCUAAACUUAAUAGUUUCAGAACCAAUCUUGUGUGUAACUGAUGAAUUAAAUUAGAGCUGUCUAAGUCAUUCAAGUCGAUCCAAAAAGCUUCCGCGUAGGCUAGGUGAUUCACAACCAACGAGAGGCGGGCCGAAGAGCUGUCCGUAGUGCUGAAAGCUCUCCACGGGGAGUCUCCGCGGUCUGUACACGCCUCUUCCUGUAGCCUUGGCGUGCAGAACGGCCUUUUUCACGAGGUCAACUGACUUCGCGCUACUAACCGUAAAAUAAUCACCCACUGUGUUAAUUUCAAGAGCACUGUGCGCUAUUUUAUAUAGUCUAUAGGUUUCAUGCGAUUUUUCAAUGAAAUUUUACUUAAAUGAAAUCUACACAACUGAACUCUAACAAACGACUAUGAUUACAUUAAAGACUGUGCAAUGUAAUCAUAGUCGUUUGUUCGAGUUCAGUUGUGUUCUCGUGGUCCUUCCCUCUGGUACGGCACAGAGCAGUCUGUCUGUUUUUCUUUGAACUCUUAUGCCAGGCUGUCAGAACCUUGUGCCAUGCACAGUGUGCCUGUUUGUACUGAUUGCCUGCAUCUGGGAUGCUGAUGUUUCCUGUAUCCGUUACAAAACGUCCGCGUGUCAUCGGCCUCACAGCUAUAUAAAUAUGUUAGGAUUUGUGUCUAAAUCAAACGGUGGGCUAGUCGAGCGCGGAUCCGUGCCAGUCCCGUGGUGUCCGUCGGAUGGCGUGCGACUAUACGAGCGGGGUUUAACGGCAGUCAGAAGGGAACGCGGCAGGUACAGGGUGUGAAGAAAAGAAAUAGGGAGGGAGCGAUUGAGAGAGAGAGAGCGAGAGAGGAGAGAGAGAGAGAGAGGAGGAUGCUGCUGCCGCCGCCGCUGCCAGCGGAAAAUGGCUGCUACAACCUCGAGACCGCCCUAAAACACCGCGAGGACAUAAAGGUGGAGAGAGAAAAGAAACGAAAAUGAAGUGUGAGAGGAAAAAAGAACAAUUGAGAGAGAACACGGCUGAGUGAACGUGAGUGUGUGUGUGUGUGUGCGCGCGCGCGCGUGUGUGUGCGUGCGUGUGUGUGUGUGUGUGUGCGUGUGUGUGUGUGUGUUGAGAGGGAGAGUGUGGGAUAAAAAAGACUGGAGACCGGGGGGGCAGCAGGCUCGAAGCGGCGGGCGACACCAAGCAAUGGAGGGCGAUUCAGUUAGCCGGCCGCUCUCACCCCUCUCGCUUCUCUAACAGUGUGCGUGUUCGCGCAGUGGUGAUGACACGUGACGACUCUAGUGGCGGGUGGGUGCCCCUGGGAGGUGGAGGCCUCAGUCAUGUGAUCAUCUGUAAGGGGCGGAGUCCGGAGGACAAGGGGCGGAGAGACUACGUCAUCCGCGGAGAGAGGCUGCGCGAUCGAGCACCGGUGUUAGAGUGUGCUGUACAGAGGGGGCUGGUCUACAACAAGGUGAAUCCCAUUUUCCAUCACUGGCGUGUGGAAGACAAAAAGUUUGGCCUGACUUUUCAGAGUCCAUCGGAUGCCAUCUCCUUUGAACGUGGUCUCCACAGCGCCAUCGACAGGCUAGACAGAGGGUCUGAUUCGCCGGCAUCCUCCACCCCUGAAGACAGAGACACAGAAGAUGAAGGCCAGGCCUCUCACACAGAUAGCGAGUCGUCCUCCAACAGCAGGAAGGAAAUGCUGCCAAAACCCAUCACCAUAGUGACCAGUGAGUCCUCCUCCACCUGCUUCGUGAGGUCAGCUACAGAGGAUUAUGGGUACGGAGCCGGCCAUGCAGUCCCCACACAGACCCCUGCCCAGAUCCACACCCGGCCCGUGCACCAGCAGCCCUCGCAGGUGACCGCCAUCGUGAACCCUCCGGCGCCCCCGCCCCCUCCACCGGCCCCGCCCACCCCUCCGGCCCCGGUCUCCGCCCCGCCCCCUCUCUCCCCCCUCUCGCUGCUGGAGGAGGGGGACCUGCGCAGCCUGGACCCCUGCAAGGACCUGUGGGGCUCACGCGGGUACGAGGACUACCGCCGGGCCGGGGCGACUCGGACCGCCAUCGGGGGGCUGGGGGGCGGGGUCAUCGUCGGGGGCGGGGUCGACGGAGGAGGGGGCGGCGGCGGCGGCUCGCAGGACAAGUCCGAGCUGUGCGUGGUGCGCUUCGAGAAGGAGCUGGCGGGCGUCGGGGUGACGGGCUGCGAGGUCACGGUCACCCUGGACAGGAAGCGCCACCCCUCGGUCACGCCCUCCUGCGGCGGGGGCCCCAACGCUGCCUCCGGCGCCCCCUCUGCCGGGGGGUCCCCCCAGGACACGGGGAAGGGCUCCCCCUCCCCAUGCUGCAUCCACACGUCCCUGGCCACGCCUCGCUCACGGACUCGGAAAAGAGGAGGAGGAGGAGGAGGGGGAGGCGGAGGAGGAGGAGGGGGCGGCGGGAGCGACUGUGGGCUGGGUCUUGCCGGCUCCACCUCCGGGGGCGGGGCCGUCUCCCCGGACGAGGACAGCCCCCGCCCCCAGGGCUCGUCGUCCUGCUCGUCGCGCUGCGUGUACUGCCGCUCGGUGUUCAGCGCGGCCGAGAACGGGCGGGGCCGCUGCCGGGACGCCCCGGACCCCGCCCGCCGCUGCCUGCGGCGCUGGACGUGCGUGUGGUGCGCGGAGAGCCUGCUGUACCACUGCGCCUCCGACUCGGAGGGCGAGUUCUGGGAGCCCUGCUCCUGCGAGGACCCGUCGGGCGGCAGGCCGCACCCGCUCUGCUGCGCCCGCUGGGCGGCCGUGCUGGCGCUGUCGCUGCUGGUGCCCUGCAUGUGCUGCUACCUGCCCCUGCACGCCUGCCUGCGCUGCGGGGAGAGGUGCGGCUGCUGCGGGGGCAAGCACAAGGCCGUGCGGUGAGCCGGGGCGUGGCCAGGACCCCGGGUGGGCGGGGCAGGGCGGGGGCCGGGGGCAGGGGACAAGGGGAGGGAGUGGGGGCGGGGCUUGAUGAAGUGGUAAAGAGAGAGCACAGAUGUGAUCUGUUCACUUACAAAACAAAACAACAUCCCUCCCUGCAACAGGGACAUUACUCAGCAUUUUCAUUUAACCGCCAUAAUUAUCAGUCACAUGACUCCAUUAUCCUGCCAUGCAGCCAAUCCUAUGCCUUUAUUUAACCCACCCAAACUCAGUUCAGUUCUCCUCCCUAAAAAAAUUGAAAAACAAAUAUUAAUUUCCUGCAGGUGACGUAGGCGCUGGGCUUGAGUGUUUCUGUGUGUGCGGUGCUCACUGGGUCAUGGGAGCAGAGGUGAAAGGUCAAAGGUUAAGGUCCAAUCUCAAGGUAAUUGAUGAGGAGAGACAAGGUUAGUGAGGGUGUUUAAAACUGUUUUCAAAGUUUUUAAUUUUACAAGACAAGAAGAAAAGAACACAAAGUAAAAUAUGUUUAUAAAUGUGACAUAUUCUGAUUAUUGGUAUUUUUAAAAUAUAUUUUUUACUAAGUUUAUCCCCUGGCAGACACAGAGUUAUAUAUGAAUUAUAAAACCUUCUCUAAACUGUGGCUUAAUCAUCUUUCUAUCUGAAGGAAAAAUGAAACACUCUCUAGGGGGAGUGAGAGAAGGUGAAAGUGGAGGGAGAGAGAGAGAUCAAGUGAGGGACAGAGUGAGAGAAAGACAGAGGGAAAGAGAGUGUGAGAGACAAAGAGAGAGAAUGAGAGAGAGAGAGAGCAGGGUGGAGCAGGGUCCUUUUUACCCAGUCAGUUUAGCCCCCCCCCCCCCCCCGCCCCCCACCCCACAGCCUCUUAAACGUUUUCACUUAUGCAAUCACCAGUUAACUGCUUACCAAAAAAUAAAUAAAAUAAAAUUAAUAAAAGCCUUCUACCCAAUUAAAUAGGACCAGUGGCCUCACAGAUGCCCAAAUCUACCUUAUAAAGUGAAUAGCAGAUGCCACCAAAAAGAUAAAAAUGUUGUAAUGAACAAUGUAUCAAAUAGUUAUUUUUUUAAGUGCUGAUUGACUGAGGUUGACAGAGGACAGCUGACUUGAACGAGGGGGGCGGAGUUUUAGAGAGAUGUGGAGCCGGUGUUCUGGCCUUCUGAUAGACAGGGUGCUUUGGACUGCACUGUGAACCACGCCCAGGGGUCACCAGUCACCAGUCCCCCCCCCCCCCAAAAAACAAAAAACAGCCUCACAGGCCGUCACUGUUCACAGGCUCCAGUGUUUUCACAGGUUUUCUAGCGUUGCUUUCAAACAGGUCCGCAUCGGAAUGAUCUCCGUGAUUUAAAAUUAAUUAACAAAAGUAAAUUAAACUCUGAUAAAAAUGAAACGCCCGUCGUCUGAGAAAGAAUGGGGAUCUCGGUCCAGAAUACCUCCUGGCAGCUGUGUCCGUCGGAACAGGCUUUAAAAAAAAAAUCUGCAUCUCUGAGCUGCUUUUCAUUUUGAAUCACCUCAAAAAUCACCUCAAAAUCCUUCCUUCUGAGCUGCACAUUUCGGCAACCGAGCAGUAAAACUGCUCUCGCUUAACGAGGAACAGGGAAAGAUGUACAGCGGCUGCAUUAAUACAGAACCCCCCCCCCCCCCACUUAUUAGAAAGGGGGGGGGGGGGAUGUGCCAGUGUGUAACACUAUCACCUGUAUUAUGAGGUAUGUUUGUUUACUCUGUUACAGAGGGACAAAGGGGGGGGGGGGGUGUCAUGUGUUGCAUUGUCUGCUGGCUUUGUGUCACUUUAUUUUGGGAAGUGUCACAGUGCGGAAAAUCCCAAAUGCAACGGAGAGCGGUGUGGUGUGAGUGUGCCGUUCUUGAGCCAAUCACACGAGAGUGUGCUGCUGUGUUCUCGUCCAAUCACAUGAGAGACUGCUGUUCUUAUCCAAUCAAUCACAUUUCUCCAUUUCAUCCACCAACCCCCAACCCCCAACCUCCACACGCACUCAAACAGGCAAACGAAUGCACUCACACGCACACACUCCUUACACAUACUGCUGCAGACAUGUAGAGACACACACACACGCACACACACAGGAGUGACAGAGACAGGAAAGGAAAGGAAGUGACAUCACCCCAGAGGGCCCCAUUCGUACAUCUUAAUAAAUGUGCCUUUUGAUUUAAUUUAUUAAUAACACAUUAUUUUUUAUGUAGUAUGUACUUUAUGUACCAUUUUACCUAUCGGGUUAUUUUUUUUCUGCCAAUGUGUAUAUUUUACAAUGUACGUAUUUAUUGGUUAAUUUUGAAAGAAAGUAAUUAAUGAGAUAUUACCUGUUGGUUUAUUUAUCCAGAUAUUUAUUGAGAUGAUUUAUUUAUUUUUGGAGACAGGUUUUUGAUUUCCGUGUGGUCUUCUCUGACUUAGUGCCAACGUGCUGCUUUGAGGUGUUACAUAUCGUGGGUUUGUAUCAUUAAUUAAAACCUCACUCUAUAUUUUAA